AUGAUGUCUGAAAACGAGGAGCACGGCUCUCUCCUGGAGAAGAUCAGUGAGAAGAUCCACGAGUACAAGCACUCGUCGUCGUCGUCUUCGUCGGACUCCGAUGAUGACAAAAAGCCAAAGAAAUCUAAGAAGAAGAGGCUCUUCGGGAGGAAGCAUCCAUUGCAUCACGUCCUCGGCGGGGGCAAAGCCGCUGAUCUUGUGCUGUGGAGGAACAAGCAGACAUCCGGGAGCAUCCUGGCAGGUGUGACCGUGAUCUGGCUGCUUUUUGAAGGCAUCGGCUACCACCUCCUCACCUUCCUCUGCCACGCGCUCAUCGUCUUCCUCACCGUAUGCUUCGUCUGGUCCAAUGCUGCAUCCUUCAUCAACAGGUCUCCUCCAAGGUUCCCAGAGGUCAUUCUAUCUGAAGUCCAAUGCCUGAAGUUCGCUCAUAUUGCAAGGAAAGAAAUCAAUGAGGCUUUCUUUACAUUGCGCAACGUUGCUUCUGGGAAAGACCUGAAAACAUAUCUGAUGUCAAUUGCAGUCCUGUGGUUCAUUUCUAUACUUGGGAGCUGCUUCAGCUUCUUGACUCUGUCUUACACUAUUUUCCUGAUGGCAUACACACUGCCCAUGCUAUAUGAGAAAUACGAAGAUCAAGUCGAUGUUGUGGGCGAGAAGGCCCUGAUCGAGAUCAAGAAGCAAUACGCAGUGCUCGAUGGGAAGCUUCUAUCAAAGAUCCCAACGUUGUCUGACAAGAAACAGCAUUGA